CAGGUCACUCGUCCUUACGAGUGCCAUCUCUGUGACAAGUCCUUCUUCCGUCUUGAGCACCAAACUCGUCAUAUCCGCACCCACACAGGCGAAAAACCCCAUCCUUGCGAUUUCCCCAACUGCGAUAAGCGCUUCUCCCGUUCAGACGAAUUGACUCGCCAUAUGAAAGCCCAU